CUGGCAACGGUAGGCAAGAUGAUAUAUAAACAAAAAACAUUAAAAAUAAUUAUUAUAAAUUACAACUAAAUAGUAUCAUUGUAAUCAAUGAGGUGUUGGGAAAUUUGCCAAUUUUGUACAAAAUUGUGUUUCGCGUUAACGUGCAAAAUAUAUCAAAACUGAAAUGGCUUCUACUAAUAUUCGGGAUCAACUCGAACAUCAACGGCAGCGUGUGGAACAAAGGAUGAAGCAAAAGCGCCAAAGCCUUGGAUUGGUUCAAGCUAAUGACUUGAGAGUUGGUUCUGCAAAGCGUCCUAUCUCUGGUAGUCGUUCUAGAGAACUUCAUGGCUAUGAUGGUCCGAUGCAAUUUCUUAUGUCACCAGUAAAUCCUGACCAAGUUAUACCUCUUCAGACAAAUAGAAUUUCCACUUAUGAUGAACUGGGCAAUCAAAUUGAAGUCCUAACAGUGGGUGAUGACACAGGAGAAGGUAGCUGUGAAGAGGGAGAAAGUGUGCCAGUUUGUAGUGUAGGACGGGAAGCAAGUGCAGAUGAUCUGUGUGCUGAUGCAGCUGUUGCACCUAUGCUGUCGCGGCCUCAAAGAGAUGGUUCACCGAGUCAAAAUGCCGAAAUAGAAGGCUCUGUAGAGGGUGCAGUUGAGACUUUUGUAAUAACUCCAGCUAAGCAUGGAACAUUGUACAAGUGUAGAAUAGCGAGAGACAGGAAGGGCAUGGAUAGAGGUCUAUAUCCUACUUAUUUCCUGCAUUUAGAAAAGGACUAUGGCAAGAAAGUAUUUUUACUAGCAGGUCGGAAACGCAAGAAGUCAACAACAUCCAAUUACCUGAUAUCUACAGACCCCACAGAGUUAACACGUCAAGCCGAUAGCUAUGCUGGAAAAUUAAGAUCCAAUUUACUUGGUACAGCAUUCACUGUGUAUGAUAAUGGCAAAGCUUGGAGGAAGAACUCUAGGGAUUCUCCACGUCAUGAGUUGGCUGCAGUUGUAUAUGAUACAAACGUCUUGGGCUUCAAAGGACCGCGCAAAAUGACUGUUAUAUUACCAGGAAUGACCCCAGACAGGCAGCGGGUGACAAUCGCUCCACAGGACGACUCUGAGACGCUUCUAGAACGUUCUAGAAGCAAGAAUUUUGAUGAUAUCGUGGUUCUACACAAUAAAACACCAGUUUGGAAUGAUGAAACACAAUCAUAUGUGCUUAAUUUUCACGGAAGGGUCACACAGGCAAGUGUAAAGAAUUUUCAGAUUGUACAUGACUCGGAACCGGAUUAUGUUGUGAUGCAAUUUGGUAGAAUAUCCGAGGAUGUGUUUACUAUGGACUUCAGGUAUCCAUUGUGUGCCUUACAGGCUUUUGGUAUCGCUUUAAGUUCCUUUGAUAGUAAACUGGCCUGUGAAUGAUUUGUAAGCUCAGAUUUUAAUUUUUAAGAGUGAAUAUUUUCCUAAUGUGACUGUCGAAUAGUUGUUCAGAAUGAAUACAGAUGAAUUUGUUCAUGUAGUAGGCAGGAGAUAUAGUCUUCAAACUGUAUCCAAAACCAACUUCGAAACUUGAGCUCUGUUGUAAUAACUUCUGAAUGAAUAAUGAAUUUAAUUUAACUUCAGAUUUUUUUAUAAGUAUUUAUCUUGCAAUAAGGCAGCUAGACUAUGAGCGGUUGUGUUGAGAACUGUUCAGAGCUAAAUCUCCAUCGAGACUGCUCCUAUCUGUCAACCGUGUCUAUCAAGACUUAGGAUUUGUCGCCGUUUAAGCCUAUUUAUUGGGUCUGGUUAGCUGCGUGGCAAGCUUAUUAGGAAAAUAAGCUUACCUUAAAAUUAAGUUUCACAAUAUAGGCCACCUUGACAUUCAUUAGGAAUAUUUUUUUAAUUAAAGGCUAGAAAUAAUUUUUUUUAUUUAGAAUUUCUUGUUGGAACACUAUUUGACAGUCGAUUUGAAUAAUGUUUGAGUUUGAUUGGGACAUUUUAUAACACAUACGCACGAAAAUAACACAAGGGUUUUUUAAUUAUUUAUAACUCUAGUCACAAUAUCACAACUAUAUUAUUGUAUAUAUUGAAUGUCCCAAUUAAUAGUGGUGUCCUAAUUUAUAGACAGCUUGGAUGGAGUUCUUUGACUCUGUUUUUCCGACCAAGAAAAACCUUGGAAUUUACUAUUUAUACAUUCCUUUGUGACUGUUAAUAAUGUUAUGUAUUAGUGUAAAUUAUUUAUAAAUAACGAAUUUGAUGAAAUCACAAUCAUGAUUUAGUAUUUAGUUAACUUAACGCACACUCCAUUUAUUGGUGCUUUUGAUUAUAGUUAUUUAUUAAUUUGAUCCAACGAAUCAAUUAAAUUAACACCAUGUUUUAGAAAGAUACCAUCUUGAUAGUUUAGUAAUCCUUGACUUGAGGAAUUGAACAAUCUUAAGAUUUUUUAUGAAUACAAAUGUGACCAAUUUUUAUGGAAUUUUGUUAGAUAGAUAUCACAAUUAUUCAUUGUACCUAGUUAAUAAAACUGCAGUUACAUUUUAUCAACAAUUGCAAUCGGAUAAAUUUUGUUUAUCCUAAACAGUUAAGGAAUUUUGCAUUUAAAUGAAGUAUGUACAAUUUCAUUGAGCUAGUCAAUAUGAUUUAGGCUAUUAUUUUUAGGUACGCACAAAUUUUCCACCGGUUUUAGUAUGUAUUGUUUAUUGAAUAUUGAAACGAUAAAGUUUGCAACAGAUAAAGCAUAGAAUAUUUGAGUAAGUCAUUUUCAAAGUAUUUGUAAACAAUUAUUUGGUGAGAAAAUGCCACCUUUGAUUCUAAUUUAGUAUUGAUAUAGAUACCGGCAAUCUUCUUGAGCAUAAAACAAGGGAGUGGGGGAAAGUGCGCAUCUUAUCGCAGCCCGGGACACUAACAUCAACUGAUUUACCAAUCAAGCGAUCGACACGCCACCCCCCCACCCCUCUCGCAGUGAUUUUCAAGUUGUUUGCCGGUAUCUGUAUAUAAUUUUUAUUGCCAUUCGUUUUAAGUUCUAUCUAAGUAUUUGUUAAAAGUAGUUUAAAAAUCUGUGAGUGGUCUAUGGUGAGCUUGUUAAGAAUGAGUUUUUUUGUAUAAUGAAAAGCUGUUUUAGCUAAAGGAAUUGUUUCUCUUUCUACUAAGUGUUCUUUACAGUGUGAUGAAAAGAGAGGGUUUAAACCGUAAAGAUACGCUACAAUUAAUUUAACAAAUAUUCGAUUUAUUUACGCAUUGAGUACAAUUUAUUAUUGCUUUUGAGGAAGGUUUUUUCAUAAUUAAAAUCAAUUUCAGUAUAACUAAAUGUAAUGGCUGACGCACAAACCGUGCACCCCAAGAAAGGGAAAAAAUACUAAAUGUGUAUAGUAGAUACCUAAUUUAGGCGAGAGCACUGAACCAUCAAUUAUAAUAUCCAUACCUAAAUUAUUUUUUACCUUUACAGUAUUAAAAAUAAGUAAGUUAAGUUUUGGUUCUUAUUGCCUAAAUGACAUAUAACAAACACAAAUAAUUCGAAAAUCACAAUAUAGGUACUAGCAUAAUAUGUUGAAAAUGAACUUGUCAUACAUACCUACUUUAAAUAAACUAAUAUAUUAAUUAAACAUUUAAAUGAUGUGUAAGAUAAUUAAAAUAACAAUUAAAGCAUGAAACGAGCUUCUAGAUUAAUAUUUUAUAUAAAGUGCACGUAUUUUAAUCUCGAAUUUAUUGAUCUUUUGUAAAACAUAGAGCUUUCACAAAUUUUAAUACGAAAUAAAUACCAGUGUCUGUUUAACCUGUUCAAGAGAGUACUCGUAAUUACAUUUGUGGUAGGGGUAAUCUUAUAUGUACUUUCCAAUCAAAUAGACCAUCAAAAUUAAAAUUGCAAAAAAAUAAUAAUAAUUAGAUUGCAUAAAACCCUUCUGGAAAUUCUUCAAUAUAGCUUUCUUUUUUGAUAUUCUUCUAAAUAUAAGCAGGUUACUUAUAUUUUUUGCUGAUCUCAAUUUUUUUAUCAACUGCUAUAUAUUUGUGCAUAUUAGGAUGUCUGUAUGCUUAUAACAGCCUUUCAAUGUUUCUUGUCGUUCAAGCAUUUGUAAUAAAUUGCCAUGUAAAAAUACUAGGUUUCUUUUAAUAGUCAACACACUUGGUACGGUUGUGUUUGCUUCAUUUCCCUAUCAGAGCAGAUUAUUUUUAAAUUAGUUAUUUUCAUCACCAUGGGUGAGUUGUAACAUCUCGAUCAACUGUCCAAUCCAUUCGUACAUACAAUAUUGAAACAAUGAAAUUUCACAAGAGAAGCUUGGUAAAGCAUUAGAAGGGUUGUUUUUAUAUGCAUACAUAUAACAAUAAUAUAUAACUUGUCUGGACCUGUCUGCUUUACCAGCCAUGAGUACAAGAAACAUUGAGAGAGCUUAGUAUGUGUCUAUGUAAUAGAAGUGUUUAUUGUGAUUUGUGACCUACAAAGUAUUUGUGUAUUGUGCCUUUAAGUAGGAUAAAUGUAUGUGCCUUUUAUUUUCAUGUCCACUGUAUUUUGUACCUGAAUCUUUAAAAUCAUCUGUAAACCAAAAAUAGGAAAACUUUGAAUGAAGGAAUAAAAUAAUCUGUGUAUCAUAAGAUUAUAAGUGCAAAUUGGCUUUUUAUUCACAUGAUCGCAUGCAUAAAUUAAAUGUUUUAUAUUUCUAUUAUUAGUUAUCAAUUCUGAAGAACAUAACCAAACAUUCCAUAUUUAUAUUAAAUGUCAAUGUAAUUAUGGGGAAAUAUUUAAAGUUUUCUUAUUGACCAUAGUCAUCUUAGUAUUGUAUGUGGUAGCUAAAAUAUUUAACUUUUAGUAAGAAUUUAUUGUCGUUGAGAUUUCAAAUCAUGGAUUUGAACCACAACUUAGAACAAGAUGUUAUAACCGGGGCCCAAUGGAUGCAGCUGUUGGUAAACCCAUUAAUAGCCUCGAGUACUAUUCCUUAUGUUCAUUGCAUUUAUCUUAUCAAAUUGAUUGUAUAAAUUGUGUUUAAAGCUGUAAGACAAACUGUAAUUUUUUUACCUUAGUUUGAUGAAUUCUGUUAUUAAUCAUGUAAAAGUUUCAAAAAAAAAAUUGUAUUU